UUUUCUGCCAGUGUCAAGUUGUCAGGAGGUGUGUUUGAGCUGUGGUGGGUCUGCUGCAAGUGCUUUUGUUACAGUGGGGAAAAUGCCCAGAGUUCUUUUCAGAUGUCAGAGAAUGCAGGCCAAUGAAGCCAUACCUCCUCCUCUUCAUCCUUCACCACCUAAAUUCGCUCAUCCCGCAUCCUGGCCUGAUGGGCUGUAUGUAGCAGAUGGAAGUCACCAAGUCCUCAAGAUCAAAUCUGACCUAGAAAAGGCCCAUGGAUGUAUAAAAGUCUUACUCGCCCAAGUGGCCGAGAGGGACAAAGAGAUAGAGAGUCUGAAUCAUGCACUUCAUGCAGAGCGACACCGCGAUGUCGUCUCUUUAGAAGCUCAGAACAACACCAAUAAAAAAGUGAUCGCCUAUCUUAACCUUCAGAUUGAGUACCUUCAAGAGAGCAACAAGAUGUUAGAGCAGAAGCUGGCGGAACUGCAGCAGAAGUUCUCAGACGAAGUGGCCGACCUCUCCUUGAAGAACUUUGAACUGUGUCGAGAAGUGGCGCACAAGAACAACAUGGUGAAGCAGACCCAGAUGGACAAGAAGCGAGGAUUGGGUAUCGCUUACAGGAAGUUGUACACUUCCAAAGAAGUCAUUCUUGAUCAGCAGGAGGUCAUUAAAGACUUGGAAGACAACCUUAUAAGAAUAAGAGCUGAACCUCCAGAGAUGAGCUCAAGUGGUUUCAUCGGAUUGGAUCGCAUUGUUGACCUGGAAAAGGCUGUUCAGAGUCUGGAGAAGGAGAGACUAGACCUGCGUUCACAGCUUUCAAUGCUAAGAGACAGCAAGCGGGAUGCGGAAACGCAGAUGGAUAUUCACUCUGCUGCACAGCUUCAGAAUGCAGAGGAGACGCCGGCAGCAAAGCAGCAGAUUGCAGCUCACUCAUUUAGUGAGCUGCAGGGGGCUCCAAACAGCCACGAGUCGAAGCUGGCCAGCCUGCCAAAACAGCUGGAUGACUCUGAGGAGAAUGUGGCAGGACUCACACAAAACAAAGAAUGCAUUGUCACAAAAGACAGUAUGUUGCAAGAUGACCUGACCAGACAGAAGCAAGCUGCACAACAUGUUUGGAUGGAGGAUGUAUUAUAUGAGCGUAAUGAACUUAAACUCAAAGUAAGCUCUUACAUCACUACAUUGUCCGAGAUUGAGAGCCUGUUGAAGACAAAGGAGCAGGAGAAUCUAAACCUGCUGGAGCACUUACGAAAAGCCCAUUCUGACGUACAAGAACGAGAUCAGAAGCUGCAGCAGAACGAGGACCUCUUCAGCUCCAUCGGCCUGGAGCUGCACAAAACUCAGCCGGCCGCUCUUCGUUCUGAACUGGCCUCUGCCAGGAAGCUCAACGCCAAACUGAACUCGAACAGCGAACUCGCCGCAUGUCAAAUCACGUCCAAGAGCAUGGAGCUUCAGCUGGUGAAGGACCAACUGGAAGAUGUCCAGUCAGAGGCAGAGCAGUUAAGAAAGCAACUGGAAACAGAAAAGUUGACGUUGCUCUCCACCACUCUUCAAAGCGCCAGCAUGAGGGAGUCAAAGCUAAGAUUCCUUCAAGACGGGUUCAUUCCGGCUGACAAUAUGACUGGCGACUGCGGCCACAGGAGGCAGGUGUCCCACCUUCAGGGUCGGGUCUGUCAGCAUCAGACCGAGACGAACAGCCUGAAAACGAGAACUACAGCAGAACGCCCCGAGCAACGUGUGACCUUCCAGGAUUGAUCUCAAAUGAAGGCAUCCGCAUAUAAGGUCUUCCAUCAUGUUGAGGAGCAUGGAGCUCUUGCUGAAUCUUAAUAAGUAACUGUCGACACAUCCUAACAGUAGCCCACUAAAUGAUUAUAUUAGGUUUACUGAUAAGGGUGGCAGUAGCUCUGUCUAUUAAGACAUGGCUUUGGACACCUUGGAAUUUGGGACAAGCUUAGAGCACAAAGUGGCAUUGAGCAAGGAACUAAGCCUCACUCCCGUUGAAAAACAAUUCCCCAUUACUUUGUUUUUAAGGUCCCCCUGCCUCUACUGAAAUGUUUCUAAUGAUGUGGCAAAGAUGGCACAUCAUACCCUCAAUUGGAAUGUGAACUGAAUCAUCUGGGUGGCGCUAAAGAGCCAGGCUUCUGGCAUGGUAACCAGCGAAGCAAAGCUGCAUCGGGUGUAUUAAAACGGUCUGUAACUUAAGAUGAGUUGAAAAUAAUCCACAAGCAUGUUUUAAACCAGUCCACAGUCACGGGGCAUCCCCAGUCCAGUCCCCGUGAAGUAAAAAAAUAUAGUACAACUUAGUCUCUCUUUUUUUUUGUUUGUUUUGUUAAACAAACACUGCUACAGUGCCUUUUUUUAAUGCCGGCAAUGCUCAGUAGUUGUGUUGGGGAGGGGAUAAGUGAAGAGGGAGAAGUCUAGAAUGUACUUUGGAAGGAGUUCCCUCAGCAGCUUCUGUGGCAGGCUGCACAGGUAAUAGUGUAGUGUCUCUGAGGUGACGGGCUUGUACCAUGACUGCCUCUCUGGAAAGCGCACGUGCGAGGGAGCCCCAAUUCGUUGGAGCACAAACUCUGCAUCACUUUCCAGGUGUUCGUAGGAGCCGAUGAAGUCGUAGGGGAGGGCGCAAGGCUGGCACAGGUUGUACAUGGGCAUCCAGUGCUCGUUCAUGCGCUCCACGUCCUCAUCCAGCAAGUAACGGACAAACUCUGCGAAGGUGACAUCAUCUCCGGUUAUCAGCGAGUUAUUAUUGCGGCCCUUCCUGUAGCGUUUGAUGAUCUCAACGCCGUACUUUUUCUGGUAGGACUCGAUCUCUCCGAACUUGUUCCUGUAGGCGGACAGCAGGCGUUCCAUGGGCUCACGCACAAACAUGAACUUGAAGUAGUGCUUGAGGCGGUAGCGGAUCUCCUCUGGUUUCAUGGACGACAAAAAAAGCAGGUCGUUCUUGUGGUCCAUCUUCACACUGACGUCCACGCUCUCCAGCGCCCCGCUCAGGACCUUGAGGACUUUUUUCCAGUUGGAGCAGGCCACCUUGGGGACGUAGCAGUAGAGGAAGCGGUACUCGUCGUUCACCAGCACGUGCUGCAGCAAGGUCUUCCUCUGCAGGAGUGGCAAGGACCACACAUUGUGGGGCAUGUUCUUCUGGUUGCACAUGGUCCUGAUGGUGCGGUUCCUGAUCUCCUGGAGGAUCUGAAUGGGAUGGCAAAGGAAACGGGAA